AUGGGCCAGGCCAGAUUCAAGGGCGCUGCGUGCGUGGUUAGAUUUGGUGGCGUUGGAUGUGCAAGCUGCGGGGUAAAAAUGAGAUGCAGCUGGAAGUUGGGGUGACAGCUGCUAGCGAGGGGAGGUGCGUCGCGAAAAGACGGGACCAACAGCGCACGGGCGACCGAAGAAACAACCCAGCGCCCAUCAUGGACGACGUCACAGCCACGGACAAGUCCAAGGCCGUACAAGCCCUGCUCGAGUCCCGACCUCCCGCGACCGACAAUUUCACAUAUCUGACCAUUAUCGAGAAGUUUUUGUCACCCGAAAUCCUACCGACUCUAAACGAAAUCCUUCAAGAUGCGUCCCUGACGCAGGAAAUCGGCUGGGACCUUGUCCAGAACCUGCUCCUCUACCCCGGAGGCGACAAAUGCCUCGAGACCAUCGCGCGCCUUGGCAACCCUCGCGAAGUCAUCAUCAAGUUGCUCGAGGUCCUAGAGGGCCACCCCGAGGACGAUGAUGACACCUCCCAGCUCUCCGGCGAUGAUGCCAGCGACGCGGACCCCGAGACCAUCAGGCGGUUCAUCGUCCUCUUGGGCAUGCUCGCCAUCUUGCAUAGGCGGAUCAAGACAAAGUACCCUUCACGCUUCCUCGCCACCACCCUUGCAACUGUCCAACGCGCCUAUCGGCCGAAUCAGCUCAUGACUGCGUCGGCCAUCAACCUAGUCCAGUCCCUGUCGGGCCACCGCCGGCCGCCCCUGCCGUCGCGCAAGUCGAGCGUCAACGUUGCCAACCCGGACAAGGAUGGAGACGUUUCCAAGAAUGCCCCGGACCCAGAGGCUGAGCAGCAUGAGGACCCGGCCGAGACUGAGAUACAAGAAAGGCUCCUGCUAUCGUUCGUGUUGGGGAUCCUUGAAUCCUACGUCAACGCGACGUCCCCCGCUUGGGCGCAGCGGUUGAUUGAGGCAUACAACCCGGGAAAGACGGUGCCUGGGAAGAAGACUGCGCUGCAAGCUUACAAGGAUGAUUCUGAUUUGCUCGCAAGAGACGCCAUUAUCGGCCGGCUCGCUGCACUAUCCCAAGACCUCGGCAUAUCCGCCUCUGCGACCCAGAUUAUUGCAUCAGUAUGCGAAGACGGACCGAUCCGCAGGAGCACAAUACCAGACGCCGAUAGGCUCAGGGGACCUCAAGAUGUUCACCUGCCGACGGGCGGCGCCAUUUGCUUGAUGGGAUACUGGGUGUUCUCCUCUACCGUAUUCCAGGCGAACAUGCCCAAGCCCAAGAUCUACAUCUUCCCAGAGCAUCUGAGCCUCAUGCAAAAAUACCUAGAAGAUGACGCAAACGGCGAAAUACAAAGGAUGCCCGGCACAAUCGAGGCUAUCUUGGCCAUUGGUUUGUGGUUGGAGCAUGGCAAAUUUAUUGUCUCUCCUACAAUGUCGACAGAGACGCUCCGUGCGGCCUUCAUGCCUUACCAUCACCUUCUCACGCUGUGUGCAGUAUACCACUCAUCGUUGGGAGUGCGCAAUGCAGCUUCGACGUUGGCCGGCCUGAUACUACAUGCAUGCCCUGAAGAGGAUGGGCGGUUGCACAUCCUAGAGGAUCUCCUUGAGAAUUGCAUGUUCUCGAACCUGAAAGCUUGCGCCGUCACCUGGCUCAAGGAGGAGCUCGAAACGGCACAGAAACCCCCAGCAGUCCAUAUAACUCCCGCCUCUGGGUUGGGAAUUGAUGGUGUAGCAGAGAGUAGCAGCCAGGACAAGAGCAGCAAGGCCAGCAGUAGUAUCUUUGGCACCCCAGAGGCCAUCGAGCAGCUACAAUACCUCGUUUUCCCCGAUAUGCAGUUCGUGCGGGAGAUGGACAAGGACGCCUUUGCCGAAUACUGGUCGCAAAACUCGCCCUUUUUGAUGCAAGCCGCCAACUUUGCCUACCUUUUGUUCCGGUCCGAGAGAUACAGGAAACAGAUCCCCGAAGGCAUGCGCGGAGCCAUGGAGGAGAGGUUUAUCAGGCCAUUGAUCACCGCCACCUCGAAGCCGACCGGGGGCGAAAGUGAUGGGAAGUCUGAGAUCGACGAUCAUCAGGACCCAAGUUUUGCCAUGGAGUUGGAUGUUCUCAAUGGGCGGCUCAAGGACCUGACUGAGAAAAUGCAACUACAACAUUUCCUCUUGGCCUUUGCUUUGGCUGCCGGCGUGACUGCCCAGCUCGAGGACCUCGAGACGACAAAGGAUUUCCACCUCUACAUCACGGAGAGCUCCAACUCAACGCUGGUCGGCUGGUCCAUUUUUGCCUGUCACGUCGGACCCAUGUCCAGGGUCUUGUGCGUCACGGAUGACGGCAUCUUCGAACGCGCCAGCGCGUUUACCCACCAGUACAAGGCCAUGGAUGAGGACGAAGGAGAGGAGGGGGAGGACAAGCACGCCAUCGGCCCGCUGUUGUCCAAGGCGUACUAUACGGAAAAGGCCGAGCUCAAGUUUCUCGAGUCGAUGAUGGUGAUGGGCACUCAGCUGUGGUCGGACCUUGCCAUACCCUCGCUGCAGAUCAACGACGAAGAUUACAGCCCCGUCGGCUUCGACGAUGACGACAACAUGUACCUGGCGGCCUAUGGCGACGGCAGCCACGAGGCGCCGGCCGACAAGGUCAGCCCGUGGGACCCGUCGCAUGCAAUGUACAACUGGUAUGCCUGCCGUGAGACGCAUGUCAACAGCUACACUUAUCAUGCCAUCAACUGGGCUCUGGUGCCGCCGCCAAAUGAGCCAGGCUGCGACUCUGUCACAAUCCAUCGGGUUUACGAGUGA